GAGAGAGAGACCCUUAUCUACUUUGGUUAUCAGUUUGUCUCGAGAGAGGAGAGAGAAACAUUACACACAAGAAGUAAACUUUAUCUUCAGACCACCAAACCAACUAACACUGUAGAGAUUACACUUUCAAUUCAUUCGUUCAUUCAAAGAGAAAAACAAAACCAAAAAUUCACACUCUACUUUAAGACAGAGGACCAGUUUAUGAGUGAAGAAGCUACUGCUCUUACCCACUCACCAACUCACAAUUGAAAAAAAAAACUAACAAAAUGCUUGUUCAAACAACUACCAUCUCAUCUCCACCUCUUCAAAACCAUAAUUUUCAUCUUUCUUCUACUCUUUUCCCAGUUGGGUCUCUUAAGUUCAGGCCCUACAAGCCCUCUUCUCAGGCCCUUUUUCAGCCUUUUAGACCACUGGACUUGAAAACCUUCAGAUCAGGCCAUGGGCUGAAUAUUACAAGAUUUUUCAAUUUGCUGAUACAACAAAGGGAAUUGGCAGUAGGAUCCUAUGACGCCCCAAGAUCUGAGAGAUUCUUGAGGAAUCUUUUGGACCUUGAAGAUAAGGUGCACAUGAAAAGGCUACUAAUUUGGGUAUCAACAUUCUCAUAUGGACAAAUCUCGUCACUGACUUCUCCACUAGAGGCAUAUGCACAUGAAACUAUCAGAAUAAAUGCACUAUAUGAAGUUGGCGAGUUAUUUGAAUUGGGAAUCCAGCUGUCUUAUCUCCUAUUGCUUUUAGCUUUACUUGGGGUUGGAACUUUCUUUGUAAUUCGUCAAGUCCUUGUACGGAGAGAGCUAGACCUUUCUGCAAAAGAAUUGCAGGAACAAGUAAGAAGUGGUGAUGCUAGUGCAACUGAGCUUUUUGAACUUGGUGCAGUAAUGCUAAGGAGGAAAUUUUACCCUGCUGCUAAUAAAUUUUUGCUUCAGGCAAUUGAAAAAUGGGAUGGUGAUGAUCAGGAUCUCGCCCAGGUUUACAACGCCCUCGGCGUCAGCUAUGUUCGCGAUGGAAAACUUGACAAAGGGAUCACUCAGUUCGAAACUGCAGUGAAGCUUCAGCCAGGCUAUGUCACAGCUUGGAACAACCUUGGUGAUGCAUAUGAGAAGAAAAAAGAAUAUAAAUCUGCUCUCAAGGCAUUUGAAGAAGUGCUACUUUUUGAUCCUAACAAUAAGGUGGCAAGGCCUAGGAGAGAUGCAAUGAAGGACCGUGUCCAAAUGUACAAAGGAAUUCCUGUGAAAUCUAACAAGGAUAGAUAGAUAGAUGCUUUUGUUGUCUUAAGAUGAUCAAAAAAUUUUCUCCUCCAAAUCUUAUCAUCUUAACUAAAAUGUAAUUUCUCUGUUUAUUGUCUUUUAUUAUAGUUGUAAAUCGGAGGAACUGACUCAGUGAGUGCUAGACUUCCCACUGUUUCUAAUGAGAGAAUGUAAUAAAAGAAAAAAAUCAUAUGAAUGAAACAAGGUUCAUGAAAAUAAAAAUUUAGAUUUUCCAUUGGAACAA